GGCACGUUAUAUUAGCAGCUAGUGUUUCUUUUCUCCCUCACUCUCACGCCUCACGCUCUAACAAAGGAGUUCAUUCUUCGGGUGCAGCUGAAAGAGAUCAGAGCAGGUUUCAAUAACGGCUCGAAGGGAAACUCAGUUUUCUGAAGGCAGAAAUAAAAGUGUCAUGAAUGGUAGUGGAACCUCCCAAGGACAAUGGGGCAGAGCCUGGAAAGUCGACUUGUUUUCCUUAGCAAGUGUCAUCUUUCUACUCCUGUUUGCCCCCUUCAUUGUGUACUAUUUUAUAAUGUCGUGUGACCAGUACAAUUGCUCUCUAACUAAGCCAGCUAUUGACUUGCUGACGGGGAAAGCCCACCUCUUGGAUAUCUGGAACAAGACACCAGGAUUGACCUGGAAAGCUGCAACCCUAUAUACUUCUUGGGUAAUUUUCCAAGUGUUUUUGUUCAUGCUUCCUGACUUUUGCCAUAAGUUUCUUCCUUCCUUUCGAGGAGGAGUGCAAGAAGGUGCUGUGACUCCUGCCGGCACUGUACUUAAAUAUGAGAUCAAUGGACUUCAAUCCUGGCUUAUCACACAUGCGCUCUGGUUUUCAAAUGUUUACGUCUUCCGCUGGUUCUCACCCACCAUCAUUUUUGACAACUGGAUUCCACUCUUGUGGUGUGCAAAUAUUCUGGGCUAUUUGGUGUCCAUUUUUGCAAUGAUAAAAGGCUACUUUUUCCCUUCUAAUGCAAAAGAUUGCAAAUUCACUGGUAACUUCUUCUACAACUUCAUGAUGGGGGUUGAAUUUAAUCCUCGUUUAGGAAAGUGGUUUGAUUUCAAACUGUUUUUCAAUGGUCGCCCAGGAAUUGUAGCAUGGACUCUUAUUAACCUCUCCUAUGCAGCAAAACAGAAGGAAUUGUAUGGACAAGUAACUAACUCAAUGAUACUUAUCAAUGUCCUACAGGGUAUAUAUGUUUUGGACUUCUUCUGGGAUGAAACUUGGUAUCUGAAAACAUUUGACAUCUGCCAUGAUCAUUUUGGAUGGUAUCUAGGCUGGGGAGACUGCGUUUGGCUCCCUUAUCUCUAUACUCUACAGGGAUUGUACUUGGUCUAUCACCCUGUUCAGCUUGCCACAGGUAACGCAGUUGGAAUUCUACUGCUGGGUUUGGUGAGCUACUGUAUCUUCAGAAUGGCCAAUCAUCAGAAAGAUCUUUUUCGUCGCACUGAUGGGAACUGUAAAAUCUGGGGCAAGAAGCCCCAAUACAUUGAAUGCUCCUAUAUGUCAGCUGAUGGGACCAAACACUACAGUAAACUGUUGACUUCAGGAUUUUGGGGAGUGGCGCGCCAUUUUAAUUACACAGGAGACUUGAUGGGCUCUCUGGCCUACUGUCUGUGUUGUGGUUUUGAGGACAUCCUGCCUUAUUUCUACAUUAUUUACAUGAUUAUUCUUCUGGUCCACCGUUGUAUCAGGGAUGAACACCGAUGCUUAAACAAGUACGGCAAGGACUGGAAGCGGUACACCGAUGCAGUACCAUACCGUCUGUUUCCAGGGCUUUUUUAAAUGCCUUGGGCAUUAAGUAUAUCUUUGGAGCCCAUGUAUGAACAGUAUAUUUUCUAUGGAAGAAGGAUCUAAAGAGUCCUUUAAGGAUCUAAAAAGAUGUGGCAUCAUCUUUUAUCUUUUGGACCAUCUAAUGGGAUAUGAUCCAUAUAUCUGAUAAAUUGUGCUACGAAACUUGUAUAAACUUUUUAGGGGUGUGCGUGAUUUUUUAAAAAAGUUCAUUUUGCACAUUUUAUUUUAUUUUUUGUCCAAAUAAGCUUGAUAUUAAAAAUCAAGGAAAUCUUAGUUAUAAUAAAACUCAUAUUAUUUCACUAUGGGGCACAAUCAACAAGGGAAAAUGAAGUGGAAGCUAAAUAGGCCCUUUGUUAUUUUACUGUAGCUUAUACCGUAGUGGUUCCUGAUGGUGUGUGUUUGAGUUACAUUCCUCUGAGAGAAUGGGAAUUCUGAGCUAUAAAUGAACAAAACUCACAUUGCCAUCUGAUCUGAUCCUCAGAUAGUCUUUCUGUAGCUAGAUGAGAGAUUCUGGAGGCUCCUUUAAAACCUAAAUGCAAAUGAUAACAAGGACGUUUCAUUUUAAAAUAUGAAGACUGGUUGGGUAAAACGUCUGCACCAGUUCCUCUGUUGUGAUAAAAAGCAUACCUGUGAAGGGAAGAGAGUCUAGGAUGACUGGUGAUAAUUAAUUUUUGCUUUCUAGAAGUGUGUUGAAAUACUGCCCCCACUAAUUACCUUAGACAUUUUCUACAGUGUAUUUAGAUACACACCAAGUCCACCCUCGAAUAUUGGAGAUCCAGUGUAUGAAAUACUCUGAUAUGGCCAAUGUCAAGUUUUAAAAAGCCAUGUAGAAUUGGAUUGUGCAUACAAAAAUGUAAUAUGUGAUUGGAAUAUGUAAUAUGUGAUUUUUCACUAUUGAAAAAAUCAUAGCAUUUACUGCAAGAUGGAAAAUGGAAGAAUAGCUGAAUUGCAAAUGGUUUACCAAUUUGAGAAUGAGAUCUCUGCUUUGAUAAGGAAUUGCCUAGCCUAAGCUGCUUAUGCAAGUUGGUGGGUUUUUUUGUUUAUGACCCCUCUUAUGUAUCAAACUGUACAGCUCAAUCUAGGGCCUGGGCAUGGGUGGGAAUAGAGACCCAACUACGAAUAUCAAGGCCUAGAACUGGCUGUUUAGGAUGAUGAACCAAAAAAGAGUAAAAUCGAGAGCAGAUAGAACUGCGGGCUGGUGCAAUCCCAGAGUAACACAUGGAAUCCAACCAUUAAAUAAAAGUUGCACUCACCCCUGUGCUACCCUAGCUGGCUUUGAAGCUUUGCAUUCACAACAUCAUAUUCAACAUCAUAUUCAAAGACAAAACAAGGGAGAAGAGUAGAAUCCAGUUCAUGCAAUUGUCAGCUGGUUCAUAUGUUAACUGUGAUAUUUUCUGUGUAAAUAAAACAGAUUUCUUUUCUCUUUCCUUUCAGUA